CUAUAACCACUCAAAAUUGCGCGCUUUGUUGUUUACUUUCCAUUCAUUCGGCUGCAACUGGCUUCAAAUUUGAUUUUUUAGAACUGCUUUGUAAAUUUAUCGGAAAUACUUGCUAGAUUAUCUCAGUAUUGUUACAUACAUUAUUUUUUGUCUGUUGUGUAAUCGUUUAUUCGAAAAUGUCCAGCCCGGUGGGACCGAAUCGAAACCGUUCUCAGAACACUCCUAUGAAGCAAGGAAUCACCACUAGCCAGACUGAAACGCCGCUGCGAAUCGGCAACCGGACACGCGAUGCGAGUGUUGUGGUUGAGAACUCGGAUAACGUUACAGUACCGACUUCCCCAGCCGGCGGAAGUGGUUCGGCAAUGGCGCCACCGACGAGUCCGUUUAAUGUUGUUGGUAGUGGCGCAGUGGGAAUGAGCGAGAUAGACAUAAGCUCUCCGCUGAAUUAUGGCACACCCAGUUCUAUGGGAUCAAUUCGAACGCCCAGGUCCGGAAUUCGUGGAACGCCUAUGAAGCAACGUCCCGAUUUACGUGUUGAUCGACCUGUUCGCCAAGUGAACGUCCGUUCCGAUCAACUGGAGCCCAUUCCAGAGGGAUGUCAAUCGUCGGAAGUGGAUUCUACUCCGAGUCAGCCAAAAUUAGUUGUUUGGGGAACCAACGUUGUUGUCUCUGAAUGUUUGAAAAAGUUUAAAGAUUUUAUUAUGAGGUAUAUCGAUCCUGACGCAGCACAGGAUGAGAUUAGCGAGGGGAUGAAUUUGAAUGAGCCACUGUAUAUUCAAAAGUUGGAAGAAAUCCAUACGCUUGAGGAACCAUUUCUAAAUGUAAACUGCGCGCAUUUAAAAACUUUCGAUGAAGCUCUCUACCGUCAACUGAUAUGCUAUCCCCAAGAUGUUAUUCCUACGUUUGACGUAGCCGUGAAUGAAAUGUUCUUUGAUCGUUAUCCGGCAGCGAUUCUUGAACAUCAAAUUCAGGUUCGGCCAUUCAACGCAGAGAAAACCAGAAGUAUGCGAGAGCUCAAUCCGGAAGAUAUCGAUCAGCUAAUCACGAUCAGUGGAAUGGUUAUUCGUACAUCAAACCUUAUGCCUGAAAUGCGUGAGGCUUUCUUCAAGUGCAUUGUUUGCAACUUUAGUACCGUAGUCGAGCUGGAACGGGGCAGAAUUGCCGAGCCAACGCUCUGUUCUCACUGUAAUACGAACCACUGCUUCCAGUUGAUUCACAAUCGUUCUCAGUUUGCUGAUCGUCAAAUGGUUAAGUUGCAGGAAGCACCCGAUGAUAUGGCUGCUGGGCAGACUCCUCACAAUGUGCUGCUGCUUGCUCAUGACGAUCUGGUUGAUAAAGUUCAAGCGGGAGAUCGUGUUACCGUGACGGGAAUCUAUAAGGCCAUGCCGAUGCAGGAGAAUCCCCGUGCGCGAAAUGUGAAAUCAGUCUAUAAAACACACAUUGAUGUUGUUCACUUCCGUAAGGUGGACGACAAACGGCUCUACGAAGACGAAGAUGGAAAGGACCACAAAUUCCCCCCGGAACGUGUUGAAUUGUUAAAGAAACUUUCUCAGAAACCCGAUGUAUACGAUCGCCUGGUACGGACAAUAGCUCCGUCAAUUUAUGAAAACACGGAUAUCAAAAAAGGUAUCCUGCUGCAGCUGUUUGGUGGUUCAAAGAAGAAACAAGCGACAUCUGGGCGGCAGAACUUCAGAGCAGAGAUUCACAUUUUACUUUGCGGUGAUCCAGGAACUUCAAAAUCACAACUGCUGCAAUAUGUUUAUCACUUGGUACCCAGAGCGCAGUACACAUCAGGGAAGGGUUCAUCGGCAGUUGGUUUAACGGCUUAUGUUACCAAAGAUCCUGAAUCAAGACAGCUUGUCCUACAAACUGGCGCUCUGGUUCUGGCAGACAACGGUGUAUGCUGCAUUGAUGAGUUCGAUAAGAUGAAUGACUCAACGAGAAGCGUUCUUCACGAAGUGAUGGAGCAGCAAACACUAAGCAUUGCCAAAGCUGGCAUUAUUUGUCAGUUGAAUGCUCGUACAUCAAUCCUAGCGGCGGCGAAUCCAUCCGAAUCGCAAUGGAAUAAGAAUAAGACUAUUAUCGAUAACGUUCAACUGCCUCACACCUUGAUGUCCAGAUUCGACUUGAUAUUCCUUGUUCUAGACCCGCAAGAUGAAGUUUUUGAUCGUCGGCUCGCUGCACAUUUAGUCUCAUUGUACUACGCAUCUCGGGAAGACGAGGAAGAUACAUUAUUCGAUAUGAGCGUUCUUCGGGAUUACAUUGCUUACGCUAAGGAGCACAUCAAUCCAGUUCUAUCGGAGGAAGCACAACAACGUCUCAUCCAAGCCUAUGUAGAUAUGCGCAAGGUAGGCGCUGGAAGGGGCCAAAUUUCGGCCUAUCCACGACAACUCGAAAGUUUGAUUCGGCUUUCGGAAGCACACGCUAAAGUAAGGCUGAGUGAAACGGUCGAUAUAGUUGAUGUUGAGGAAGCCUGGCGUUUACAUCGAGAAGCGCUGAAACAAUCCGCGACCGAUCCACUUUCGGGCAAGAUUGAUGUUGGCAUCUUGACUACCGGUUUAUCGAGUGCCGCACGAAAGAAACGAGCUGAACUUGUUGCUAGUAUUAAAGAAAACCUCAAGAUGAAGGGUAAAAUUUCUACAUUGCCGUAUCAAAAGUUAUUUGGCGAAAUUAAGGAAGCAUCCCAAGUGCUUAUAACCAAGGAGCAAUUUGAAGAUGCCCUCAAGGAAUUGCAAGACGAAGGCGUCAUUGUAAUUGUCGGCAACAAUACUAUAAGAAUAUGCUAGUAAAUACGUGCUCUUGUUAAUGCAUUUUUAUUAUUAUAUUUUAAGAGUAAAGAUACACAGUUUCAUCGCAUUCUUGGUGACUGAGUUAAAAGAUCUUUCUCAUAGUUCAAGACCACCGGAGACUAUUGAAUCAGUGAACACAGUUGUUUUUGUAUUUUUAGCUACUUCUCAAAUCACAAAUAUACAUUUUAGUUGCUCAAGCUAAUGAAUUCUUGAAA